GCCGAGGAUGCUGGAUAGUGUAGUCCCGGCACCCUACAGAAGUAGGUCUCCAGCUGGUGGUUGGAGUGACCCCUUGUUCUUUGGUGGCGCUGAUCUGCCUUCUGAGAUAUCCUUCUUUAGGGAUACCAGGGAAAAUGGCCACAGGGUGCCGGAAAGCCAGGGUAAUGGCACACAUGGCAUUCAGAGAUGUGGCUGUGGAUUUCAGCCAGGAAGAGUGGAUGCUGCUGAGCCCCGCUCAGAGAUCCCUGUACAGGGAGGUGAUGCUGGAGAACUACAGCAACCUGGUCUCACUGGGAAUUCCAUUUUCUAAGCCAAAACUUAUCACCCAGCUGGAGCAAGGGAAGGAAACCUGGAGAGAGGAGAGAACAUGCCCACCAGCCACCCGUCCAGUGGAACCAAAGCCAGAACUCCACCUCUGUCCUUUCUGCCCUUCGGAUUUUUCCAGUCAGAAAAUCCACGUGCAGCACAUGCUGUGUAAUCAUCCCCCCUGGGUCUUCACAUGCCUGUGUGCAGAGGCUCCUGUCGAGCCCGGGGAUCCGUGCCCAGGGGACCAGAAGCAGCAGCAACAGGCCUCAGAUCGAGAGCCCUGGAGGGAUAAAGCAGAAGGUCAAGAGAGAGAAGGCGCCAGGCCUUUGUUUGGCAAGACAAAGAAGAGGACUUCGGGGGCAUUCUCUAGGCCACCCCAAAGGCAGCCAGUCAGCUCCCGGAGUGGCCUCAGAGGCGUGGAAAUAGAGUCCAGCCCCGCCCCGACAGGGAACCCCGAGGAAGCAGACAGACUGUUGAAGAGGAUAGAAGUCUUAGGAUUUGGAACGGUCAACUGUAGAGAGUGUGGACUGGGCUUCAGCAAGAUGACAAACCUGCUCAGUCACCAGAGGAUUCACUCCGGGGAGAAGCCGUAUGUGUGUGGGGUGUGUGAGAAGGGCUUCAGUCUGAAGAAGAGCCUUGCCAGGCACCAGAAGGCACACUCGGGGGAGAAACCGAUUGUGUGCAGGGAGUGCGGCCGCGGAUUUAACCGGAAGUCAACACUUAUCAUACACGAAAGGACACACUCAGGCGAGAAGCCGUAUAUGUGCAGUGAGUGCGGGCGAGGCUUUAGUCAGAAGUCAAACCUCAUCAUACACCGGAGAACACACUCGGGGGAGAAGCCCUACGUGUGCCGGGAGUGUGGGAAAGGCUUUAGCCAGAAGUCUGCUGUCGUCAGACACCAGAGGACACACUUAGAGGAGAAGACCAUCGUAUGCGGUGACUGCGGACUAGGCUUCAGUGACCGCUCAAACCUCAUCUCACACCAGAGAACGCACUCCGGGGAGAAGCCUUACGCCUGCAAGGAGUGCGGGCGCUGCUUUAGGCAGAGGACGACCCUGGUCAACCACCAGAGGACACACUCCAAAGAGAAGCCUUACGUGUGUGGAGUGUGUGGGCACAGCUUUAGCCAGAAUUCAACUCUCAUCUCACACAGGCGCACACACACCGGGGAGAAGCCUUAUGUGUGCGGGGUGUGUGGACGCGGCUUUAGCCUGAAGUCACACCUCAACAGACACCAGAACAUACACUCAGGGGAUAAGCCCAUCGUGUGCAAGGAUUGUGGGCGAGGCUUCAGCCAGCAGUCAAAUCUCAUCAGACACCAGAGGACACAUUCAGGGGAAAAGCCCAUGGUGUGUGAGGAGUGUGGGCGAGGCUUCAGCCAGAAGUCGAACCUCGUUGCCCACCAGAGGACACACUCAGGGGAAAAGCCGUACGUGUGCAGGGAGUGUGAGCGAGGCUUCAGUCACCAGGCAGGUCUCAUCAGGCACAAGAGGAAGCACUCGAGGGAGAAGCCUUACAUGUGCAGACAGUGUGGACUAGGCUUUAGCAACAAGUCAGCUUUAAUCACACACAAACGGGUACAUUCAGAAGAGAAGCCAUGUGUGUGCAGAGAGUGUGGCCAAGACUUUAUCCAGAAGUCACACCUCCUCUUACAUCAGAUGACACACCAGGGAGAGAAGCCCUACGUGUGCAAGAUGUGCGGCCAAGGCUUCAGUCAGAAGUCCCACCUCAGCAGACACAGGAGGAUGAAAUCUGUCCACUACAAACCUCCACUCCAGCCUGACUCUGAGGCCUGUGUGGGACAAUCUCCUGACCUCUUACACGCUCUUUGAGAGUGAAGGUAGUGGUGCGGACUAAGUCAUCAAAACUGUUAUACUUUCAUGAAAUGGAGUAGAGAAGUGCAUUCCGGGAGUGGUCAGAGGACAUUGGACUUAGUUCACUUUCUCCACACUAAGUCUUCAUGUUUUGUGGCCUUUUGUUCUAAUAAACAUUGCUUCUUUACAAAUCCGUAA